GUGCAGCGUCGCUAGAUACAUUGCCAACAUCAGUAGGCUACAUAAAACAUAAUGACCCUAAACAUUCUCUUUUCAUAGACGUGGCAACAAGCAUCCAGAAACAUGACUGCUGGUUCUAUCGUGGUGCCUCACAUCAUACCCAUUCGCAUUCCUCAACCUGGGAAAGGGAAGCACGAGAUCGAUACCACAACUGUUGUUGAGAUCAAAUCAGACACACUGGAUGUCACCAUCUACUACACUCUGGAUGGAAGUAAACCUGAGGUUGUCAAGAGACCUGGAUUUGGGGAGAGCAGCACUCUAAAGUACAGUAAACCAAUAUGCUUACCUGACGGCAAAGUGUCUGUCAAAGCAGUGGCUGUCACCAGAGAUGGCAGGGAGAGCGCUGUUGUUACCAAGCUCUUCCUGGUGGAAUAUGUGCCUCCAAGCGAGGCAUUAUCCACAGACGACAAAGAGGAAAAUGUCUUGAAGGACCAUGAACUAGGGAUCAAACAGUUCUCUAAGGAAACUAAUGGCAGCAUCGCUUGUACUACGAGGGCGGAACAUGCUUCAGGAGAGUCUUCACUGAGGCCACAGGGACCGAAGAUGAAGGAAGGUAACGGUAAAAGAGCCCCUAAAGCUCCUCGCUUCCUCAGCAAUCAUCUGGGCCUCACAUCUGUGCCUGAGCCUACGUCACCUCACACAUUGAAUGCAAGCCUGGAAGAAAGCACCUUCAAUAACCUGACCAACACGCAAAUAUCCAGGAUUCAAAGAGAGACAGAUUUCUUGAGGUGCACCAAGUGCUUGAGCCUUCGUCCGUCAGACCCGUUUGCCCGCUUCUGUUUGCAGUGUGGUACUGCUGUACCACUGGUGCCGGGGCAGAGGCUGCCGCCCACAGAGGGGGGACAGUUGGGUUUGUGCAUUCACUGUAAAACCAUAGUGCCCAUGAACACUGUGGCAUGUGUGGUAUGUGAAGCCCCUAUUGGCCCACAGCUGCAGCCUCAAGCCAGCCUACGACUGCAGGACAAGCUGAUUUGUCAGUCUUGUGGAACUGGAAACCCAGCACAUAUCUCCUUCUGUGUCACCUGUGAGACCAGGCUACCACAGCCCGCUACUGCUGUUCUGAGUGGUCAGAGUGCUCCACCUCUUCCUUCAGGAGAAAACAAGAUGGUGUCUUGUUCUAAGUGCAGUCGGGUCAACCACUCUGACGCACGUUUCUGCGAUUGGUGCGGCGCCAAGCCCGGCCAUGCAGCCAGCUGUCUGAUUUGCUCCCGAUGCGGGGCCAGCAGCCACCCCUAUGCCAGCUUCUGUGGCUCUUGCGGGGUGUUUAUGGAGGGACCUUCCAGGGGUGAAUCCCGCGCCAGCAUGGCCUGUUCCACCGGGGCCGCUGUCGAGCAGGAACAGCCGUCCACCCAGCGCUCAGACGCUACCACAUGGCAGCCCGUGCCUCCCUCUGGAUCUCCCGUCAUGGCCCCGGCACCAGGCCACGUGGAGCAGCACACCCAGACGACAGGCCUCUUCUACCCGUCCAGCACGGAGCUCCACAGGAAGGGCCAGCAGGCGGCGCUAGAGUUCAGCAGACAGGAUCAGAUGAGGGACCGAAGGCCGCUGCUCACUGCUAUAAGUCCAGGGAGAGGCUACUGGAGGAAACAGUUGGACCAUGUGUGUGCACACCUACGAAGCUACACCCAGAACAACACAGAGUUCAGAGCUAUAGUUGGGGAACCUCGAAUGGGCCGGAUGGUUUCAGCUGUGAUUGAGGAAGACAAUUAUGAAGUCAGUCUGAGAAUAAACUUUGUCUCAGCUGAACAUGAACAAAACAAGUUAUGCCAGGGGGGCGGGCCUGAGAGGAGCAUCGCCCUAUCAGAAAGCCAGAACCUCAGCAGUGUGACAGAGGGCAGGAGUGUGUUGUUCAGCCAGACCAGCCUGGGUAAUGAGAGGUCUGGAGCCAAUGGAAGGACAUCAAAAAAAACAAAUAAAAGCUUGUCCUCAGAUGUCAUAAAGCAGGCACCGCAAACCAAAGACAGCCAGCUUCUAAAGGAAGUGGGCCAUGAAGGGAAAGGGCAGAUCUCUGUAGUCCAACAACUGCUUGACGAGGGGGCGGAUCCAGUGUGCCAGGGGGCCGAUGGGCAUCCUGCCCUGGUUGUUGCCGUGGUCAACGGGCACGCAGACGUCAUCCCAGUCCUGGUGCAAAGGGGUGCUGACAUCAACCAGCAGUCUGGACCGUCGAACAACACAGCCCUCCAUGAAGCGGCUUCCAUGGGGAUCAAAGGGUUGCUGUGUGCUGAGACACUACUGGGGUGCAACGCCAGCAUCAGGAGGAAGAACGACAGAGGUCUGACUGCAUACGACCUGGCCGUCAUCACCAAGUGCAGCCCGUUAGUGUCUCUCCUAGCCGCUAGGAUGGGCCAGGGGAUGCUGGACAGGAUGGUCAGACCUAGAAGUAACCCGGGACUAGACGUGUUCUGAUGAGAUCACUGCUCAUGCAAUGUGAAUGAAGGUAUUUCAUAAAUUACAAGGGAGAGUUGUUUCCGAACUCUCAGCUGAGGGCCAAAGAUGAGACGAUGAGAGGAGUUGGUGUGAAUGUGACUUCAUCUUUAUGCAAAAAGUGAGCUGUAGA